UGGGCCUUCUUAGUAUGGCCUAAAGAUUAAAAGCAAAUCACGCUUAAUUAUCCAAUAUAAGAACCGACACAAACUCUUCUUAACACAAAAUACAAGCACAAUUAGAUAGCGAAAACAAAGAAAAAAGGAAAAAGAAACAGCCUUGUGACGAUCGUGGGAUAACAAAUUUCUCUCUGAAAUUCAAAAGGAUUUUGAAGCAGUAAUUUGGGCUACACAUGAUGAAAUUCAAAAAAGGGAGUAAGUUGAAAAUAUUGAGCAAAAAGAAGGUGGCUUUAGGACCACAAUGUUCUAUGGAAGCAUUAAGAAGCAACGGCCCCAACUAUAUAGCUGGACAUGUUAAGUCUAAGGGUGUCGACAACCAUGCUAUGGUGAAGCAGGUGUCUCCAAAGGUCAUUACGCCCUGCCACACUCAUUUAGACUUUUCAGGGGCUUGGGCUCCUGGUGAUCUUGUAGAGGUGUUUGAUAACAACUCAUGGAAAUUGGCCACAGUCUCUGAGGUUUUGGGGAAAAUGCACAUUCUUGUCAGAUUACUUGGAUCCUCUCGGGAGUUUAAAGUCAGGAAAACCGAUAUCCGGGUUAGACAAUCGUGGAAAGAUGAUGAUAUGGCAUGGGUUAUGGUUGGAAAGGGAAGUAAAAAUUUUAAUGGAGGGGAGCUCCAUACCAAUCUAAUUUUGAACCACUGUCACGAUUCAUCCUCUCAAGUUCAGAAGACAAACUCAAGAACAACUCUGUGGAAAAAAGAUGACCGUUCUGCUAUUAGGAACCAAAAUGUUCACGAUAACUACAAUGUGAGAAUUUUGAAGAGAUCAACUGAUUGCCCGUCUAAAGAAAUUUAUGGAGCUAACCAUAAAGUUAGAUUGAUUGAGAAAGAGGGCAGAUAUGUUAAGGUGGUUGUUGCAAAUCCAACAGAGUUACCUAAACUGCAGGUUGAUCCUGUUUCUUAUCCUAGAGAUUCUCUGGGUGAAAGACAUAGGGCUGCAUCACUGAAUCACCGACUUGGUGAGUAUUUGGAAUUGGAUAUCAAGGGUAAAGAACUAGUUAGUCCUGUUCGAGAAUUGAACGAUGCAGAUAGCAUUAUGUGCUCUGUUGGUAGUUGCAGCAUCAACAGUGACAACUCAAGUGAGAUGCCCUGUGAUGUGUCUGGUGGUGUGACUGAUCAAAUUGCUGGUCACUUCUGUGAUGAUCGAUCACCUCAUCAAUCGGGAUACGAAGGACAUUGUCUCCCUAUCAAUGAAGAAUUGGCAGCUGAAAUCCAUAGGCUGGUUAAGAUCGAGAUCAGAGUCUUCUCGAUGCCAAGCAAUGGCGAAUGCUCGAAAGGUUAUACUUUAAACCUUUCAAUCACUUUGUAUAUUCAACUUGGUAUACAAAACCAACUGCAUAACGACCACAGCACCACAGUCCACGACAGAUAUCCGGCUUCAUAUAGUGAAAAAUUUUGACAGCAUCUAAACAAAAGGCCUUAGCUUUUUAAAGAGUUUCCGGCGGUGGCCAUACUAGAGGUCCCAUUAUUAACAGCCCGCUGAGAUUCAAGUAGUAUAGUACCAAACGAAACAGAGGAGUUCUUUCCACACAAAACCCAAGUAACCCAUUUGAUGGUUCCUCAUCAAAAUUCAAUUAUCCAUCAUUUGGAUACUUUUUCUCUCUCUUAACAGAAGAAAGUAAAACCAACCCACAGGCCCUCUUUUCUUUUGCUAAAUAUUUUAUUCUUAAUAUUUCAAGGAAGAUGUCAUGGUCUAGUAUCAGGACAAAGAAAACAAUCUCACAGCUCGAGAUAAAUGUUUAGUUUUUUUUUUUCUUUUCUUUUUUUCUGUUGUGAUAUGCAUAAAAAAGAACAAAUUGUUGAGAGAGUGAGAGUGAGAGUGAGAGUGAGAGAGAGAGUAUGAAGAUUGGCAUCUUAAAAAGUGGCCAAGUAGUCAUUGUUUUCUGCAUACAUACCUUGCAUUUUAAUAAAACAAACAAAAGAAAAAUGGAAAGAGAGAGAGAGAAAAAAAAAAGAAGUGGGUUUUGUUGAUGGGAAAGUGAAUUGAUUUUGAUUUUGUCUUUGAGAUCUUAAGAAAGAGGGGGGUUGAUGGGCAUGAACCCUACAAGGAAAAGGCCACCAGCAUUUAUGGGGCUCCACCAAAUCCUCUGCUAUUGUCUCAUUAGCAACUCUUUCUGAUUGGCAUUCCCAUGUGAUCUUGCUCCCUUUCUCACACUGCCACUUAAUAGAGAUAUAGAUAUAAUAGAAAAAUGUCUCCUUCCAGUACCCUUCUUCUAAUCAUCUCAUAUUACCCAUAAUCUUCCCCCACAAAAACAAUCACAACUCUCUCUCUGUCCAUUCGUAUUACCAAUUAAGCAAAUCCUUUAAUUGGGUAUUGACAAAGAAUUCAAAGUUUGUAUCUUUUUGUUAAAUCUUUGAACAUAAUUUGAUUCUUUGAAGCAAGCAAGUAAGAAAGAGGUGGUCAGGAAGUCCCAUCACAUAUUGGCAUCUCUGUCUCUCUCUUUUGAUAUGUGCUUGUAUUUUAGUUACAGUUAUAGAUUCUUUAUUUGGAGAAAAGAGAAAUGGUUGUUGUUAUUGUUUUUGUUUUUGUUGUUGUCACCUUUAUCUCAUCACACAGUGUUUUGAAAAGCAAAAUAGAAAGUACAUGAGGCAGAUUGCAGACCCCCUACUAAAGUCUUCUCAACAAUGCAUAUAUAUAUAUAUAUAUAUAUAUAUAUAUAUGUAUGUAUAUACAAGUAAUCAUAUGGCAGUUAAAAUAAAAGGUAUGACCUGUGGGUGUAACUGCAGCACUACUGAGAUAUGGUGGGAAUCAUCUUUCUGUUCAGAAAUGAGAGGGAAAUUUAGAAGUGUGAUGUUUUAAUCAAAGGGUAGAGGUAUUAUUAGGCAGUUUCUUUUGCUUUGGCAUAAGUGCCCAAGUCUGGGAAACAUAAGCCAUUACUUAUAUUGAUUAGGGAUUAAUGGUUGAUAUUCCCAAGGGGAUCCUUUUUUUUUUUUUUUUUUUUUUCCAAUAGAAUUGUUUAAACAAAUCUCUUUUUAUA